AUGACGCUUGAAAAGGGCAAGAGCUAUGGCCAGGAGCAGAUACAGCAAACGCUCCAGGAUAAAGCCAGGACGCGGCUCAAUAACCCUGCGCCUCACCAGGCUCCUCAACGUGAGCGUGUCAGUCGCGCCACCAUCCCCAGCGCCCGACCCGGUGAUCAGCCCCGCACUCGCACUCGGAGGUGGAAGUCGCUCAUUCGUCCGGAUGUGAAUAUGGGGGUGCCGCAGCUCAUGAUGAUACUGGAGCCCAACAUCGUGUGGGAACACACCAAGGGUUUUGUUCCCGGCGUGGGUCGGGAUGUGGAGGCUAAUGUGACUCCAGGGGAGUUCUUUGAGGGCUGGCACAAGGGAGGAAGAAGGGCUCAUGGCGUGUACGAAGGCAGCUACUGGGAGUUGAUGGGCGACUGUGACGAGCUCGCGGAGAUGCUCCGGAAGCUCUCCAAGGCGCCCGCGCUGCUGGAGGAGCCCCCCCUGGAGCUGCCGCCGCCGCCGGAGCUGCCCUCAUGGGAGGAUUUCAAACCCAACCUACAUCUCAUCCCCGCCGCGCCCUCCCUGCCGCCACUGAAGCUGCCGCCCUUCCGCGCGCCCAUCUUGGAGCCCGAGCCGCCGUUUGUGGAGCCGGAGUACCUGCCGGUGCCGCCCGUGCCGCCCGUGCCGAAGGAGGAGCCCUUGCCCAUCUUCAUCCCUCCGGAGUUCCUGCAGGUGGAGCCCCUGGUGGAGCCCGAGUACGUGGACCCGCCACCCCCCGUAAUGCCGGACGCACCGCCGCCCCCAUCGUACGGCCAGGCGAAACACGGACACGAUUGGACAGGGCUACGGCCUUUUCAACUGGACCCGCCUAGUCGUGACGCCUUUUUGGCUGAGGCCGCUGCUCAACGGGUUAUGGACACGUCACGGUUCGUACACCCGCCCAACAACCUACCGAUGGUGCCCAUGCUAGAGCCCCUGGACGCAGACCUGCUGAAAGGUCUCGAUCUGGAACCCAUCCCGAAAUUGGAACUGGCUUGGAUGGGCGGCCCCGAGCCGGACCCGCCGUACGCUUCCGUACCCUCCUCCCCCGCCGCCCUCUCCCGCGCCACCUCCCGCCCUGUUUCCGCCGCGCGCUCGCAUCGAACAUCGGCGGUGGCCAGCCCAUUCGAGGCGGCGAACGUGGCCGCCGCCGCCGCCGCCACCGGGCCGACGACGCCGCGUCCCCGGGUAUCGUCGGCGGCGUCGGGGCGGAAGCUGACGUACGACGGUGCCGCCGCUAGGCCGCUGUCAGCCGGUCCCCGCGACGGUGACGCGGCGGCGGCGGCGCCGCCGCCGCCGCCGCUGCGGAUUCCGUCGGCUCGACGGAACAGCGGCGCUGCCGCCGCCGCUGCUCCUAGCCCACGCAUUCCGCCGCCGGUAGUUGUAAAGUCUCCGGAGGACCAGGCUUGGGAGGAGGUUCGUUCCGUGGCUUCGGAAGCUUCUGGAACGCCCCGCAUGUGGGUAAACUUUACGGCGCCGUUUGCGGAGUUGCCGCCGAUCAUGAUGCCGACAAGGCCGGAGCCGGGCCCGGAGCCGCUUCCCGAGGAUUUCCCCCACGAGGCCCUGGAGGAGCUGCCCGUGCUCGAGGCGCCCGCCUUCCUAGAUCUCCCAGUGUACGUCGAACCGCCGCAGUACGUACCGCAAUGGGCGCCGCCGUGCGAGCCGCGUCCCGUGGGUUUCUUACGUGGCGCCGCGCCCGUACUGAUUUGUGACGUAUCGGGUACGAUGAAUCCACGUCAGCAGGGCCGGUUCCGUGACAUGAAGCGGUGCACCGUGGAUCUCCUGGAUCCAGAAGGCUCCCGCAAUGGCUCCCCGGAAUGCUCCCGCUUCGGUGGUGGUUUCGGAGCCGCCUCAGCAGCCGGCGGCGGCCUGGCCCUGAUGCCCACCCAGCCCGACUUGCUUUCCGACGCGCAGCGCUGGGUCGCCAACUGGCCGGAUGCAGUGGGUCAGACCAACUUGCUGUCCGCGUUUCAUGUGGCUGAGCAACACGCGGCGGCGGAUUGCUGGUACAUUCUGUCGGAUGGCUUGGCACACGACCAGCAGGCGUGCCUGGAGUACUUGUGCGCGCAGGAGCGAGGCGGGGUGUUUGCCGGUUAUACAUGCCGUGGGCGGAUGUGUGGCACGGCUACCAUCGCACCCAAUGGGUGCGACGGUAAACAGGCGGAUGUGCAGUACGGCUACCAUCGCACCCAAUGGCUCACCAUUACUGAUUUAGGCUCCCAACAGCUAUCGGACCUAAGCCCCACAACGUACCGAUGCGUCUGGUUCGUGGGCCAAGGCUUUGUCCGUGCCGACCUGCGCAACGAAUCCCCCGAGCAGCGGGAGGAGCGCCAGUGGGCGGAGAAGCAGCUGCGAGCAGAGCGCAUCAAGAACCUCCGUUUGGGGAUCAACGAGCCGCUCGAAGUGACGAUGGAGCGGGUGGCCACGUUGCAUCAGCAGCUGAGGGUGGCGCCGGCGGUCCGUGCGAAUGAGGCGGCAGUGGCGGAGGCGCGGAGGCGGCACGCCGUGGCGUCGGAGUCUGUACGGCUGACGAACGAGCGGCGGAUGGCGGAGGCGACGGCGUCGUACCAGGCGGCGGUGGAGGCGAUACGGCAGCGAAACCAGGCCAAGGUGGAUGCUGCCCGUGAGGCUUUCCUUCAAGCUCAUGCUGAUUGGGAGCGGGACUAUUUGGAGCGACUGCAGGACUGGGAGGAUGCCAAGGCCACCCUGGAGCGACAGCGAUCCGAACAGCUCGCCGCCACCCGCGGCUCGCCGUACAGCACUCCCGGCAAGCCGCCCCUGCCGUUUGUCUCAAUGAUCAGCGGCGGCGGCGGUAUCGGCUCGCGGCCCACCUCCGCUACCGCCUACGCGGCGCUGCCAAAGAACAAGGAGGGUAGCGGCCUAAUUAGGAUUGCCUAUGAGCCGUCAGAGCAACGGGCGGCGUGUGCCGCCGCGGAGUACGACGCCGCCAUGGGGUUGGAACGCCUGGCGGAAAAGCUGUCGUCGCCGCUGCACACGCCGCCGGGGUCCAGGCCGGUGUCGGCGCUCUCCUCGGGCGCCGUGUACGGCAGCGGCUCACGGCCGGUGAGCGGCCUCAAAGCGGCUGCGUCUGGCGGCGGCAGCGGAGGGGGAUCACGGCCGGUAAGCAGCGUCAAGCCGCCCUUGCCGUCUGGUGGCGCUGGCGGCGGCGGCGGCUCGCGGCCAGCCAGCGGCGCCGCUGCCGGCGCUGGCGGCGGCGACGGGUCAAUGGAGACUGGGGGCGGCGCAUCGGAGUACUUGGAGGCUAUUACGGAAGACCUGGCGGAGGCGUCGGCGCCGCUAGAUGCCUUGUACGGCACUGGCGGCGCUGGCGCGGCUGCCGCCGGCUCGAGGAUCAGCUCCACCGACGUCCUCGACGACGACGGCUUGGAUGUACGACCAUCUAGGGGACGCAGCGGCGGGCGUGACCAGGACAGCGCUGUCGGCGGCUCGGCGUCGGCGCCGCCGCCGCUGCCGCUAUCGCUGGCGUCAUCAUCCGCAGCGAGCGCGGCGCCGUCGCCGCGGCCAGUCAGCGCCCGCGGCGCGAGUGCCGGCAACAGCGCCAGGGUGACGUCAGCGCGUUCGUCGGCAGGGCGGAAGACGACAGGCCUCGGGAUGCUGCCUGAGGGGGCGCCGCUACCCCCGGAGGGGCCGCCGCCGCUGCCGGAGCCGUCAGCGCCGCUGCAGCCGCUGCGCGGCGAAAAGAGCGACGAAUUCAAGCGCCGUUACCUGCCCCCUGAGGUGGUUGCGGAACGGGACGCCAGCAACGCCUCACGGUUGGACGAUAUACGGCAGCAGUGGGAGUCCCUGGUGGCAGCGGACUUGGCGGCCAAUGACGGCCGCAAGCUGGCGGCCAUGCGGCGAAAUGCGGUAAAGGUGGAGGAGUACAAGAAGGCCGUGUACGAGGCGUACGCCAGUGGACUUGUACGGGACGUGGUGUACGGCGGGGCUGUACGGGUGGCGGCUAAUCUGGCGCUCCUGGACAACGCCGAGGCGCGCUACCUGGCCGAAGUGGACCGCAUCAAUGCGGAGAACGCCCGUCUGCGGCAGCUGCACGCGGAGGAGGUGGAGGAGAAGAGGGCCAAGGAGGAGGCGCACGGACAGGCUGUCCGGCGGUGGCAGGAGGCCCGAGAGGUGGCUCUGCGGCAGCACGAGGCGGACCGGGAGAGGGCCCGGGCGGAGCAUGAGGCCAACAUCAACCGGCUGAAAGCGGAGUGGAGAGCCAAGACGCAGCAGACAUUGGAGCUGAACGACGCCCGGCUGACAGAGGCUGAGUCCAUGCACGAGGCGCUGGUGGAGCAGGUGAAGGAGACCAACAAGCGGCACAAGGAGGAGCACACGGAACUGCUCAGACAGCGGAAAGAGGUGGAGGCGACAAACUUGAGCAGGCUGGCUGAGGCCAAGGCGGUUCACAAGGUCCGGUUGGAAUCCCGAAGUGCCGACAACGAGCGCCUCAUCCGCAACGCCAUGGAGGAGCACCAGGCCCUAUGUGUACGGCUCCAAGAGGAGUACGAGGAGGGCAAGCAGCAGGCGGAGGUAGAUCACUCGGAGCUGUGCACCUUCCUCAGGGCGGCCAACGAGCAGCUGACGGAGGAGGCGAGGAGGCGCUACCAGGAGGCGCUGACGGAGGUGCAGGCUGCCUACGAGGCGGACUGUGUAUCGGCUCGUGAGGCUCACUCGCGCGACCUGGAGCGCGUCAAGAGGUACAACCAGGAGAUCUGGCCAAAGGUGCAUGUGGCUAGACUGGCACAGGCUGAGUUGGCUCGUGUGCAGCUGUUUGCCGAACACAUCCGUUACUGCGCCAACAAGUUCGAGAUGGGUGUCAACUUCGUACCCAACACACCCAACUACGAUCGAGUAGUCGAAAUGCAGGCGCUCACGGAGGCCCUGGCGAAGGCCUUCCCGGACGUCCCGACCAACCAGCUGCCCUGGCCCGAGCACGAGAAGAGACUGGAACCCGGCACCGGCUGGGUGGCCUCGCCGCCCGCCCGCAGCCUGACGUACCGGGACCCCAUGGACAUCAUCAACAGAAUUGCGCGGGUGGGUAUCCAAGGGGGGGGGGUGAGUGCCGUACGCAAUAACUACCCAACUAACCGUCAAACGCAGGGCAAAUCCCCUCGUUCCGCCAACAGCCCAACCAACGCCCCGUCGUCGAGGGGCGACUCCCCGUUAGCCACCGUGCGCGGCCACCAAGCCGCCACUACCCAAGGGGAUAUCGAUUCGGGUGCUCCAAGCAGCUCAGGCAGCGUCGAUGAGCUGCUUCAAGCUCACUCCCAUUCAAUUCAUCAGCCACACCCGCAGAGUGCGCUGCCGUACACGCCACGCCACCUGAGUCGGCCGCUGUCGGCAGGGCGUGCGCGCUUCGCGAGUGUACUGAAUGGUGAUUUGCAGCGGCCGCUGUCGGCGGCGGUGGCGGCGCCAUGCAGUGCGCGUGUGGAGGCUUGGGGCGCCGCUGCAGCUGCCGUGGCGUCAGGGCUGUCGUCGCCCGGCGGGCCGCUGCGGCCGCAGUCCGCCGCCAAUGGCGGCUACCAGAACCCCUCGGCGUGGCGGCGAAGCAACACCACUUUGCUAAGAAAUAACUCGCCGCGAUAUGCAGCGUCGAAUCUUUGUAACGGCAGCGGUGCCGCUGCCGCCGCUGGUGGCGGCGGUGGGUCGCCGUCAACGGCAGGGCCGCCGUCGACGCUGAGCUCAGCGGCGGCGGCUGCCGCCAUCGCGACGGCGGCGAUGGGCGCGCUGACGAGCCGGCCAAAUACGGCCCGUCCGAGUACGGCGCAUAGCGGCGCGUCGCGGCCGCGAAGUGCGGGGCCGGCGGCCCGUCCGCCGGCGAGGGUGGCUGUGGAUGUCACGCCGCUGCAGGCCAGCAUGGCGAGGUCCAAGGCGCAGGCGGGAUCACAUGCGCUGUCGGCAGCGACUCUUGCGGGUUUCUCCAAGGACGUGCCGAAAUUGCGAUACCCAGAGGUCGACGUGCCGCAAUCCCUUACCAUUGCCAGCAGCUUGAGAAGUAGCUAA